GGGUUAUUAGGUAACCCACCCCAGCGUGGCAACACCCCGUGAUGUGCAGCUCCUGAGUGGGUUUAGCGUGCCGUAUCCUCUCCAUCAUGGUUCCUAAUUUCGUCCAUCCUUCCCCCAGAAUCAGAAAGUGAGAUGCGAGGACCAUGAGCAGAGUCAAUUGACAAGCAGCGAAUUCCAGGAAAGAAGGGCGAGGAACGUAGAAUAAGAAAAAAAAAAAAUUUACAAAUUCGAUCUGUUCAGCUGAUAACUCACAAAGUCAAAAGUAGACUUGUCUAGCCCCUCCCCUCCAAGUAGGGGAGUGUCAAAAGUACAGCAUGGGGCCCGUUCAGACAAACAUUCAGCUAUCUAUCGACGCGUUGACGCUAAUCAAGUGGUUACCAUGGGUAAAGAGCAAUCGAAUGGUUGGUUUCGGAGAACUGUUCUGGAUGAACGGAAGGAUGAAAGGGUGCAGAUUAGGAAAGGCUGGAGGAAAUCCGACCUGCAUGCAGGUUUCAAGGCGGUGUGUGAAUUCAUAACGGUGGAUGGGUUCGAUCGGCUCCAAUGACGCUUACUGCUAACUCACAAAGUUGGGUUAGCUUU